AUGGCUUUUGCGGCGACGGGCGCGGCUGCGAGCCUGGCGCUGGUGGCGCGCCCCCAGGGGGUUCGAGCGGGCGCCCUCGCGCGCUCCGCGGCGACACCGGACCUGGCAGCACCGACCAGGUCGAGGCCGCACCGCGAGUGGGCUCCCCACGGCCGCGGCGCCGCGGAGGAGAGAGCGGCCGAGCGGGGCAGGGCUUUCACGCUGGCCGCUGCCGCUCCGCCGACUGCCGAGCAACUGUCGUUCCUCGAGCUGCAGGGCAUCACCCCGAAGGCCGCCCAGGACUACCACGCGGAUGUGAGCGCCUUCCACCAGUGGUGUCCGGCGCGCGGCCUGGUCCAGGACUUCGAGGAGCUCGCGACAUCGGCUCCAGCGAUCGACUUUGUCUUGAUGACGUACGUGCACGAGAAGUUCUUCGCGGGCGAGCUCGCCUGCGUUCCGACGCAGCUGAUGAGCCGCUUGCCGCGCCCGCGGGUCGGCCUCUGCCUGUGCGUCCAGCACGUGAUCGGAGCAGGUCAAGUCCAGGAGGCCGUUGCGAGCGUCAUCGCCUUCGCGCUCUACCCGCGCCCGAGCGAGUGCCUGCGCCUGAAGGGCAAGCUCAUCGCGGCUCCCGCGGCCUCGCGUGCGAUUCCGUUGUCGGACGCCGGCGGCUUCUGGUCGAAUUUGCUGCGGCCGCAAGAUGAGGCCGACACCUCCAUGACGGAACGGUGGUUGGGGGCCUGCUGGCGGACAACCCACUCUUCCCGUGGAUGCCGAUGGUGCUCGCGAGUCCCGUUCGGGCAGGCCCAGUGGGGUCGCGCCCUGAAGACGGCGGCCGCCGCCGCUGGCUUGUCGUUGCUCGGGGAUUUCAGCCUGCGCCGCCUCCGCCGCGGAGGAGUCUCGCACGAGCUGCUCUUCAAUGCCAGGUCGCUCCUCAGCGCUCAGGAGAGAGGCCGCUGGGCCAGCGACAGGAGCCUGGCCCGCAACGAGCGCGGUGGUCGGAUCAACGAGCAGCUGAGCCUGCUCGACCUCAGCGCGUUGACCGCCGCGGAGUCUGGGGCCCAGAACGUUGGCGACAUCCUC